AUGGGAAAGGAAUCGAAUAAUGAUCCAAUUAUUGGACUUUCUAUCGGAAAUACACACUGGAGAGCUGUCAUUAUUAGAAAUGGUAAUGUUGAAUGGAUUAGAGAUGGAGAAGGGCAGAUUGAACACAAAUCUUUUGAGAAUAUUAACAAAAUAAUAGGAAAAAAUUACAAAUCCAUUCAAUUUAAAGAUCCAUACUUGUUGGAAUCGAAUAAGAUUUUUGAAAGAAAUGGAAAGGUUUAUUGUAAAUUUGAUGUAGAUGGAGUUGUGAAGGAAAUGACACCAGAAGAUAUUUAUUCAAACAUUCUGCUUGAUGUAAAGCAAGCAACUUUAGAAUAUUUAAAUGAGAAUAUUACAAGAAUCUACAUUUCAGUUCCUGUUUAUUUUGGUCCUGAUCAAAGAAAUGUUAUUCGAAAUGCUGCUUCAGAGCAAGGUUUAAAAAUUGAAAGAUUUCUUCUAGAUCCAGUCAACACGGCAACAUUCAAUACCAAGGAAUACGAAUCAAAUAAUUCAGCUAACAUUCUAGUUGUGGACAUGGGAAGAAAAUCAUUGGAUGCAACUGUACUGAGUAGAAAUAAUAGCGUGUUUGAAGUUUACCAAGCUGAAUCGAAUGGCCAAUUGGGAUCUGAAAAGUUUCAUAUGAAAUUGAGAGAUUUAUUUGUUUCGAAAUUUAAGAAACAACAUGAAUCAUUAAGAGAUGUGAAUUUAUUGGAAAAUCAACAGGUGAAUGACUUGUUAAUGAGUCAUGCUGAGAUAGCAAUGAUAGCCCUCUCGAAUGAUUGUAAAUAUCAUAUUGUAAUACCAUCUCUCUAUGAAGGAAAGGAUUUCACAUACACUCUAACUCGUGAUUACUUUGAAAAACAUUGUAAAGACCUUCUUGAUGAAAUUUCCAAGUUGAUUUACAGCAUUAUUACAGAGACAGUUUUUUACUUUGAGACUGUUGAUUCGGUCAUUCUCUCAGGUGACUCAACCAAUAACCCGUUAAUAAGGAAGUCAAUUACUAAUCGUUUUCCAUUUUCCAAAGUUGUACAUGGGCAAAAUCCAGAGGUUGGUGCUGCUAUUCAAGCUUACAUGAGAAAUCAUCCUGAAUCAAGUGUUCCGACUUUAUUUCUUGCGCCAUUUUCCAUUGGAAUUGAAAAUUCAGAUCAUCAAUUGGUGAAGAUUAUUCAAAGGGGUGACUUGUUACCAACUGUGAAACGAGUAAUCUUUUCAAAUUUGGAUGAUUUUAGUGAAUCUGCUCAUUUGAAGAUUUUCAUUGGUGAAUCUGUGGUUAAUAUUGGACCAAGGAAUGUUCAUAUCGGUGAUUUGAUUCUGAAAGGAAUUGAAUUGACUGAGAGCGGGAAUGCACAAAUUCAAAUUUCCUUUCAAAUUGAUGGAGAGUAUAAUCUCACAGUUACAGCUCUCGAUUUGAAAACCAACGCCAAGAGUGAAACUGUGAUUUCUCUUCACAGUUUUGCCAAUAAUCUUGAACUAAUUGAUGAAUUAUUAGAGGAUGGAAUUCAAGAAGUCACAGAUAAUGUUAAAACUGAAAAGCUUAUUUCCAGUUUCAUCGUGGAUCCAAUUAAAAAUCAUGACGAAUUUUAA